AUGAAACGAACAAGAUCCAUAGACAAAAAAAACAUGGAUCCUCCAUCUAUGCAUACCGAGGAGGGAUACGCAAAUUUCCAAAUAGGGCAAGAAUUGUUGAUAGAGAAAAUAAUAUAUGAACAAAAGUACCUAAGCAAGAAAAGAAAGAAAAAAGUGAGAAAUGUAGAAGAACUAAGUUAUUUUUUGAAUGAGAAGUAUGAUAUAUUCAUUGGAUAUAAUAACUUUAUGAAUACCAUUUUUAAAAAAAAAAAAAAAAAAAAGCUAUUCCAUAUCGGUAAGGAGGACAAGGAAAGGAACAAAAAAAGAAAAAAAAAUCCACCAAGUCAUGAUAGUCCAGAAAUUCAUGCAGAUUGGUUUGCACAUUCUUAUAGAAAAAGUGGAGAAGAUGAUAUCACAAGGGAAUCAAAAAAUGACAAAAGUAGUUCAUUGAAAUGGCAUGCUUCUGAUCCUGUCGAUCGGUGUUGCAGCAAAGGAGGUGAUAAAAGAGAAGUGGGAGGAGCUACAGACUGUAGAAAUGGCAAUAGAAGUGACAGUAGAAGUGGCAGCAGAAGUGGCAGCAGAAGUGGCAGCAGAAGUGGCAAUAGACGUGGCAGCAGAAGUGGCAAUAGACGUGGCAGCAGAAGUGGCAGCAGAAGUGACAGUGGGAGAAGCGUGAAUGCUGAUGCGGGUGAAGGAAACUUCUUACGUUUUGACGAAAAAACAGAAAUGAAUUUAAAAAAAAAGGAACAAAAAAGGGGAAAGCAUCUGCAAUAUAAUGAACACAGCACUAAUUUAAAAAGAAUCGACAAUUUGAAGAGGUGCUGUUGUGAAUGCCAUCGACAGGGGUACCGGUAUGGCAGCUUCUCAGACACGAACGGUUUGGUUAAUAAAUUGGAUAAAGAAGCUGAAGAUAGUGUUGACGAAAAAUUGCAGGCCAGUUUGGGUGAAGAAUCCGGACUCAGUUUUCAUGAAGCAUCAGAACCCAAAUUGGAGGAAGAAUCAGAUGCACAGUCAGUGGAGGGAUCUGCUGAGGAAAUGUCUUUCCGUUCUCCAAUGAACAGCUCAGAUGGAACCGACAUUUCAAACCUUUCUCCAGAUGCUGUAUGCUUCGAGAAACAGUUCAAAUAUAUAUAUGACAUGUACAAACAGAAUGACAAAAAUGUGUUCUUAUUUUACAAUCCUCCUGUGUGUAAGUGUAUCAAUAAACCAUUGAAGGAGCAGUAUUUUCAGAAUUUAAAUAAGAAAUAUCCGUGCCUCUUCAAUUGCACCUUCUCAGAGGAGACAUUUCCCUCGGAGGAAAAUCCUACGACAUGUAGAAAACGGAACCUGUUGGAGAAGCAGACCCCGUUGAAGAAGCAGACCCCGUUGGAGAAGCAGACCCCGUUGGAGAAGCAGAACCCGUUGGAAAAGCAGACCCCGUUGGAGAAGCAGAACCCGUUGGAAAAGCAGACCCCGUUGGAGAAGCAGAACCCAUUGGAGAAGCAGAACCCAUUGGAGAAGCAGAACCCGUUUGAAAAACGAAAUAAUCUUAAAGGGGUGACAUACGCCGAGGUAGCAUCUGACGCGGUGGAAAUGAAGUUGUAUGCGAAAGCCUUUUUUGAUCUGUUUCUGUUUGAGAAAAAUUUCCACGUUGGUGAUGUUUCAAGUGGAGAUGGUAAUUUGGAGGGACCUAAAUGCAGUAAAGUAAUCAGGGAAGGAAAGAAAGAUGAAACGAUUUCUAAUGGGCCUUGUGGUGAUGAGAAGAAUGAUAGAGGAGACAGUUCAUGGGAAGAGAAAAAAGAGCUAAAUGAAAAGGAGGAGUACAUGCUUAAACGUUUUUUCGACAAGUGUUUAUGUAGAAUCAUUAAAAAUAAAUCUAAAACAUGUGAAAACAAUGCUUGUUGUGGAUUGUUAUACGUUCCAUAUAGCUACAUUGUGGUGAUUUUAAACAGGAAAGUGGAAAAUUUAACUUACAUCUGUAGUAAUAUUAAACUUCCAUCCAAUACAGAUAUAUAUUAUAAUAACAAAAAAAAUAUUAUAACUAUAUGCACAAAGAAUUAUGAACAUGAAUUUUUCUGCUAUUACUGUUUGAGGGGUAAUAAAUAUAUAAAAAAUUUAUUAAUAUAUGAUGUAUUUUUUGAUGCCUUUAUUCCUUUCUUCAAACCCAUCCUCAAUUUGAAAGUCAAAAAGAAUUUGGAUAAACUCAUGAAUUAUAUCAAUUACAAUAAAAAUUGGAAUCUGUCUAUCGUCUUCUUUUUAACGGGUAGGAAGAAAGCUCACCGGGGUGGGCCGGCAUCACAGGGAAUGGCAAGAGGUAAGGCCAAAAGUUCACUUUUAAAUGAGGAGAAAAGUUCACUUUUAAAUGAAGCGAAACGUUCACUUUUAAAUGAAGCGAAACGUUCACUUUUAAAUGAGGAGAAACGUUCACUUUUAAAUGAGGCGAAUAGUCCACGUGUAAAUGAAGAAAUGAAUCAAAUGGAUGACUUGAUGGAACUCGAAUCUGACAGCAGCACCAUCGAAAGCACAGAUAAUGAAAAAGGAGAAAAUAUCGAGAAAGACGACCCCAGGAGUUGCCAGCACAUGGAAAAGAACGAUAUAAGGAACAUGAAUCUGCAUGUAUGCAAAAUUGUUCAUAUCAAUCAUCGAAAUGAAUUCAAACUUGUGAAAAGUGAACUGAAGAAUAGCUACAAUAAGAGAUAUAUACACAUGAAGAAUGAAAAGGAGAAUACAGAAGGUGAGGAGGGAAGUGAUCGAAGAAGUGAGGGAAUAUGUGAAAAAAAGGAAAUAAGGGAAAAGAUGAGUAACGCAGAUGAAGAAUAUUUUACAAAUCUGUGUAGAGGUGGUGAAGUCAUAAAUAAUAUGAACAUUAAUAUGGUUGUAGAGAAAAUUAUUAACAUUGUUAAUAAGAAAGAUAGUAUAUGUAAUGAGAAAUGUGUAUAUAAUAAGUACAAUAAAAGUCAUAUGAGAAAUAAAAAAUUGCAGAUUUAUUUAUGUGAAUCUAUUAAUUCUUUUGCAUUUGAUCGAAGACCCUUGUAUAUUAAACGAAGGGAAAUCACGUUGUCAUCUUUUGUACAUUUCCAAAAAAUGAUUAACACAUAUUUAACUUCACAUACAAACAAUUUUGGAAGUAUAAUUGGAAAGCACAUGGAAAAAGAUGUCUUUAAUAUGAGUGUCAUGAAGAGGAGACUUGUCUCAAAUUGGUAUUCACCAGAGGAGACUAGAAGCUUUGAAUGCAAUUUGUUAGUGAAUGGUUGUAAUGAAAGGAAUGAUACCUCUUCUAUUGAAUACAUCGAAAGGGAAAAGGCAACUGAAAAAGAAGAAGAAAAAGAAGAAGAAGACAAUCAGAUGUGCAUAGAUGACAACAACAACCCUUUGCAUGAGGUCGAAAAUCACCAAAAUGAGGAUCCAAUGUUUAAUGAAACUCUAUUCAUAUUCAAUGAUAACUCUGAUUUAUACACACACGAUGAGUACAAAAGAGGAAAAUUGCAAUGUAUGAAUAAAGGGUACGAACAAAAUAAAGGUGAGGAUUGUAGAAUUAUAAUGAAGAACGCCACUCAUGUAAGUAGGUCCAAAUUAUGGGAUAUGAUAUGCACAAAAUAUAUUCAAAGCUUAUUUAAUAUUUAUGUAUGCUCAUACUUAAUCAAGCAAAACAGUUGUAAAAUGAUCUCUUCUUAUGCAAAAAAAAAAAAAGAAAAAAAAAAAAGAAAAAAAAUUUCUUAUCAAGAUAGGAUAAGUAAUGUUAAAAAAUACUAUUACUACUUAUUUCUUAUGUAUAAAGACAAGUUUAAUAUCACAUUGGAGAAAGAAGAAGAAUGUAUCAUGCAUAAAAAUAAUUGGAUCAAUGAAGACUUAUAUAUUAGGAACGUAGAGGAAAGAGCGCGACGAUUCUCGGGGAGAAGAAAAAAAAAAAAAGGAACAACAUAA